CAGCCCUGGCGCCUCCGACGGGUCAUGGGCUCUGGUAGGGCCGGAGAGCCCUGGCGUUGGUUUCGCUUCCCGCGUAGCCUGUCCUGAGAGCAUAGAAGGGAUUGCCAGGACCCAAAGUCCGGUGGGGCUGGCAGGGACCUGCAGAGGUCACCUCUAGUCCAACCUGCUGCCUGAGGCAGGAUCAGCCCUGUGCAAACCAUCCCAGACCGAUCCAUCGUCCAGCCUCCUGGCAAAGCUACACACCCCCACCCCAACACAACAUAUCGCACCCUAACAUGCCAUCCAUAUAGCAGGGGGACCGCUGCAGCCAACGUCCUGCUUCUGCGCAAGGUUUUAAUAGCUGCUCCAGAAAUCCCAAAUAGAGGCCACAGCCCCUGCUACAGGGGAAGAAAGCCCCCCUCUCCCAUCCGUAGCAAUCUGACCGGGGGGCAGAGUUCCUCCCUGACCCCAAUGCGGCGCCGGUCUGACUCCGAGCGGAGGGGCGAGACCCCCUAGCUUGGCUCAGCUGUAACGCACAGAUCAGACUCUUGGUCUGAGCUUCGAUCCGGGCUCUCGUCAGCAGCUGAAACCUCCCAAAAGCUGCGACGGUAGCAGCGAUUGAGUCGUGUCUUUAUAUUGUGUGUGUGACAUUUGUAGCAUGUCAGGAAACGGGCCUGAUGAUGCCAAAUUGGAGGAGACGGCGGAAGUAUGGACCACAACUGAGUCUGAGUUAGUUUGGUGGGUCAAAUAAAAAGGAAAAACCCCGUCCUACCUCUGCGCGUGUGCCCAGUAAAGAGGGGUGGAAAAAGGGGUUUUGUAGGACUUGUCCAAAGGUGGGGUGUUUUGCCCUCUCCUGACCAUGCCAUGACAUUGCCUCAGACUCUGGUUUUCCUAGAUUAGUGCAAAAUCCUGACAGCCUCUUGCAGUAGUUUGAAGAUAAUCCCCGAAGUGAGGGGAAUGGUGAAUAACAAAGCGGACAGGCCGUGGUACGGGGCGAUCAGGAUUGUUGGUGAACUGGAUACAGACGGGAUGCUCGCUGUUCGACAUGGCCAGCUUGACGUCAGGCUGGCGGGGAGGAGGCUCCUUUCCCCCUGUACCACACACGGGUGCAGCCCCUGCGUCCUGUUCUGGUGUCUGCGGCCCAAGGAGGCUGUGAAUGGGUUGGGAAGGUGAAAAGAUGGGCUGUGAGAGUGACUAAGGGGUUGGGGACACACCCGUGAGCAAGAAACUGCUGCCUGUUGAGCUUCAAGGGAAGGAACAGGGUCGCUGAGAGGCACCUCUUGGGUGGGCAGACCAAGGUCGAACAGGAUCCGGAGGCUGGAUUUGGAGCUAGAGGAACGAAGGCUAGAAACGAGGCAGAAGUCUUUGAAGGACUCACCGGUGGAACAGCUUACUGGUGGAUCCUCCACCCCGAGCAUCACUCAGCUCCCGGAGGGAUGGUCUUCCUCAGUGAUAUUCUGCAGAGGUACUUGCUUGCUCUGUCAACCUUAACCAGCACCUCUAGCAAGUGAAUGCUCUGGAGAUCACCCCGGACCGCAGCAUGAUUGCUGCUGCAGGUUACCAGCACAUUCGGAUGUACGACCUGAACUCGAACAACCCCAACCCAGUCAUUAAUUACGAUGGCGUAAGCAAGAACAUCACCUCCGUUGGGUUUCACGAAGAUGGCCGCUGGAUGUACACGGGAGGCGAGGACUGCAUGGCCAGGAUAUGGGACCUGAGGUCACGUAACCUUCAGUGCCAACGUAUUUUCCAAGUGAAUGCUCCUAUUAAUUGUGUCUGCUUGCACCCUAACCAGGCUGAGCUAAUCGUCGGGGAUCAGAGCGGUGCUAUUCACAUCUGGGACCUGAAAACAGACCACAACGAGCAGCUGAUUCCUGAGCCAGAAGUUUCUGUCAAUUCGGUUCACAUCGACCCUGACGCCAGUUACAUGGCGGCUGUCAACAGUUCAGGGAACUGCUACGUCUGGAAUUUAACCGGUGGCAUUGGGGAGGAGGUGACUCAGCUCAUCCCUAAGACCAAGAUCCCGGCACACAACCGCUACGCUCUCCAGUGCAAGUUCAGCCCCGACUCCACGCUCUUAGCUACGUGCUCUGCAGACCAGACCUGUAAGAUCUGGAGGACUUCCAAUUUCUCACUAAUGACAGAACUGAGUAUCAAGAGUAACAACCCAGGGGAAACCUCCCGGGGCUGGAUGUGGGACUGUGCCUUCUCUGGGGACUCGCAGUACAUUGUCACCGCUUCCUCGGAUAACUUGGCCCGGCUUUGGUGUGUGGAGACAGGCGAAAUCAAGAGGGAAUACAGCGGCCACCAGAAAGCUGUCGUCUGCCUCGCUUUCAAUGACAGCGUGUUGGGAUAGCGAGCGCGUGCAGGUGUGAGGACAGGCUUGGUGGAAGAUGGGCUUGGAUGGACUCAAGCGUAUCCGGUGCAGCAGCUGACCAGUGGUGCAGGCAGCUGCAAAGCUUUAAGAAGCCCUACUCCUACAGUGUGGAAGAAGGGUGUGCCCUCGCCUAACGGCUGCCGAUCUAAAGGGCACGGCCUGGGAGCACGGUUGUAAAUAAAAUGUACAUACUGACAAGGUCAGAAA